UUAAGCUGUCUCACUUAAUUCUAGGUCUUUAUUGUCUUCUUUUUGUGUUUUUCUUUUUCUGACACAAGUAUUUGUUUGAACCCCAACUGUCCUACGAGCCUGAGAUUUCUAUCUUUUUUGUAUUUGAAUAUUAGAACUCAGAAUCCAACCUUAUGUUCUAGUACUUAAAUUUGCUUAUUUGUUUUUGUUUGUAUUCAAAUUAUUUGAUUUUAAGUUUGUGUUGUUGGGUUUGUUAGGUGACUGAAGGCCUUGAUCGUUGAAAAGAAAUGGAGGGAUGUGGGGAUUUUGUGCAAUGGCUUUUACCAGACAUGUCUAUAAAGAUCCUAACGUGUUUGGAGGACCCUUGUGAUCUUAUCCGGGCUUCUGCUGUUUCUAGUUCUUGGCGUCAAUUCGUGAUUGGAAAUGGCUUGUGUAAGCAUCUCUGUUUAAGAAGAUUUCCUGAAAUAUCAAGUGUUGCGAAUAUGAUUGAAGUUGAAAACACGGUUGUACCAGUAGUAUCUGACCCUGAAAGGUCUAGGGAGUGGUUAUGUCUGGAGAGGGAUCACAGAUUUUAUGCGUUUUUGACACAAGGCCUUUCCAACUCUAUGACGGAAGAAUGCUUAAUAGAUGCAAUCCAUGCAUCAAGCACUGACAACUAUCCUGAAGAAAGCAUUCUGAACACGCUAACACCGGGUGAUCGUAUGGGGUGGAGGGCUUCAUACUGGUCAAGUGGAGGACAAAAUGAUCCUGCAGUUCCUGAGACGCUAACAUAUAAAUUAAUCUCAAAGCUGUGCUUGAUUUCAGAAAUUCAUGUACAACCAUUUCAAGCGUAUUUCCAGUUUGGCUUUCCCAUUUAUUCAGCAAAAGCUAUGAGAUUCAGGGUGGGACAUCCUAAUGUUAAAAUAGAUGUAGAAAGUGACAACGGACAUGAAUCAGCCGCUGCUCAAGGAUCUUACCCUGAGAAGAUCGUAUGGACAUAUACCUCACCAUCAUUUCCCAUGGCUCAGGAGAACAUCUUGCAUAAGUUUAAGCUGCCAGAACCUGCUCUUUGCAUUGGCGGAAUCCUACAAGUGGAGCUCUUAGGCAGAGUUCAAAGACAACAAAUGGAUGGUCUAUAUUAUAUAUGUAUAUCGCACGUUCAAGUUGUUGGAAGACCACUCUUGCCUGCAUUUGAUGUGGAGAUACUUGAUGAAGCUGGGAAGUGCAGCCUGAAGUAUCACCCAGAAGAAAGGUUAGCCAGUCACAAACUUUCUGAAAGAGCAUCAAGUAGUCCACCUUUCGUUAAUUAGAUUUUAGUGUACACAGCUAUGCAGUAGGGCGGAUUGGCGGUAACAGGUAUUUAUUAGAAUCGUCAAGGUGCACACAGGCUAGUCGAGAUAUAAAACAACAAAAAGUAAUUAUGUAGCUUGCUUUCUAUCCAGUCAACUACCACAUUCUCCAAAUGAAUAUUAGUUGUUUUAAUUGCUUCA